AUGAACGUUAAAGUUGCUUCAGAAAAAGAAUUAGCUAAAUUCAAACAGUUAAUUCAAGAAGAUCUUAACAAACACGAAUUAACUUCCCCCACCUCCGUCGCGCUGGAGGAGCCACCGGCCACGGUGGCGGAGGCACCAAAAAUGGACACGUCACCACCACCACCAGAAGAAGAAGUAUCUAUAUGGGGAAUACCCCUUUUAUCAGAUGAGAGAAGUGAUGUAAUUCUUCUCAAGUUUCUAGGAGCAAGAGAUUUCAACGUGAAAGAAGCAUUCACUAUGUUAAACAGUAUUGUGGCGUGGAGAAAAGAAUCACGGCAUGAGUUGGCAGAGCAAAGUAAUAACAAUGGUUAG